CUUUGCGCCCGCUGGGUCCGGCGCGGGAGUCUCGCUUUCCAAUGGCUUCUGCAGAGCCACCGCGGCCGCCGUCACACACCUGCCUGGCAGAUGGAGAACUGAUUCCGUGAAGCCCCCAGGUGGUCUGGCUCUGGAGCCCAGACUCUAAGAACCGUGUGGCCCCAGAGGCUGCUCAGUCUGUAACCUGACAGAAUCACCGGCUGACUUCUCUUAUUCUUGGCCACAUUAUCUGCAGAAGCAGUACUCAUGGCUGGUCCUCUGUGGAGGGCCGCAGCCUUUAUACAGAGACACAGGUCAGGCCUCUUGGUGGGUUCCUGUGUGGGCCUGUUUGGGGUUCAAAUCUCAUUUCACCUCUUCUCAGAUCCCAUAGUCCGAUGGCUCUACCAGUACUGGCCUCAGGGCCAGCCGGCUCCUCUUUCCCCUCAGCUCCAGAAGCUCUUCCAAGAGGUGCUACAGGACAUGGGUGUCCCCUCAGGUCACUGCUUCAAGCCUUUCACUGCCUUCACUUUCCAGCCCGUGAGUGCUGGCUUCCCAAGAUUUCCUACUGGGGCCAUGGUGGGAAUCCCUGCCAUCUUCCUGGAUGGCUCUGUGACCGCCAUUGACCAUACUGUGAUCAUACAUGGGCAAAGAGUGGAUUGGCAGAGCCCAGCAGGCACCAGGCUGAGAGACGCCCUGACCCUGUCUCAUAAUGCUCAGAAGUUUGCCUUAGCCAAAGAGGUAAUAUACCUGGAGAGCAAUGCUGCUGCCCUGCAGAGCCUGCCAGCCCCGGCUUGCCUCGCAGGAACCUGGGUACUAAGUGUAGGUGUCAAGCAUGCCCUGGGGCUCUAUAGAGGCCCCAUGAGCCUUCGAGCUGCCUUCAAUUUGGUGGCAAUAGUGGCAAGCUUCGUGUCCUACACUUUUUCCAAGGACUCCCUCACUGUCGCCCUGGAAGGCUGGCUGGACCGCCGUACAGCCUCUCUGUCUGCAGCCUAUGCCCAGGGUGGAGUGGAAUUCUAUGAGAAGAUCCUGUCGGGCAACCUGGCCCUCCGAAGUCUCCUGGGCAGACAAGGGGAGAAGCUGUACACACCAAGUGGAAACAUCGUUCCCAGACACUGGUUCUGCAUUAGACAUUUACCCUACACCACCCGCCGGGACUGUCUACUACAGAUGUGGAGGGGGGCACUCAACCCAGGGCGCUCCUGAGAAGCCAGGCAACAGAGCACCCCUGGUUCACAUAGGCACCACCCUGUGAUGAAUUCUGGGGGAGUCUCUUGAUAUGGUUGCUUCCACAGCCCAAGGUCAGAACAGUGACCAUCUUUGGAGUUAAAGAGCUCAAUUCUGCCCUCACCAUGAAUGAAUGUGGUAUCUGUGGGGUGAGUCCCUAAAUGAAUCUGAGUCAUGUUUGCCUCAGCUGGGAAGUGGGAAGGGUUGAUUGGAGGAUUACAUGAGAUUGUGAGCCCAAGGGGCUGGUGGCAGAGAGAGAGCAGCAGAAAUAAAUGGUAAAUGGGGUGCUCA